GGGAGCCAGGCCCGAGCUGCGUUCUGCGCAGCCAUUGGCGGGCGCCGCGCUCUGCACUGAGCAUGUUCGCGCCCCGCCGGCCCCGAGCCGCAGCCGCAGCCGCAGCGAAGGCAGCCACGGGAGCCGCCGCGCAUUAUGCAAAGCGGCGGCAGAUGCGAGCGGGGCCAGCCGGGCGCGCGUCGGCCUCCCCUCCCAGCGGCUCGCCCCGCCGCCGCCUGACUCUCCCGGGAGACUCCCUCGGCCCGGGCCCGGGGCCGAGGAGGGCCGGGAUGGCCUGAGUGCCCGCGGCGCGGCGGCGCACCAGCGGGAUUGCACCAUGGGGAACCAGGAUGGGAAGCUGAAGAGGAGCGCAGGUGAUGCCUUGCACGAAGGCGGCGGCGGCGGUGGCGCCGAGGAUGCGCUGGGGCCCAGGGAUGUGGAAGCCACAAAGAAGGGGAGCGGGGGCAAGAAGGCGCUAGGCAAGCACGGCAAGGGGGGAGGGGGCGGCGGCGGGGAGUCGGGCAAGAAGAAGAGCAAGUCGGACUCCAGAGCCUCGGUGUUUUCCAACCUGCGGAUCAGGAAGAAUCUGUCCAAGGGGAAAGGCGCCGGCGGCUCCCGUGAAGAUGUGCUGGAUUCCCAGGCCCUGCAGACCGGGGAGCUGGACAGCGCUCACUCCCUGCUCACCAAGACUCCGGACCUCAGCCUCUCGGCGGACGAGACCGGCCUGUCGGAUACCGAGUGUGCGGACCCUUUUGAGGUGACCCGACCAGGGGGUCCUGGGCCUGCCGAGGCUAGGGUCGGGGGCCGGCCGAUCGCCGAGGAUGUGGAAACUGCAGCAGGGGCGCAGGACGGACAAAGGACCAGCUCGGGCUCGGACACGGACAUCUAUAGCUUCCACUCGGCUACGGAGCAAGAGGAUUUGCUUUCCGACAUCCAGCAGGCGAUCCGCCUGCAGCAGCAGCAGCAGCUCCAGCUCCAGCUUCAGCAACAGCAGCAGCAGCAGCAGCAGCUCCAGGGCGCCGAGGAGCCUGCAGCGCCCCCCACCGCCAUCUCCCCUCAGCCCGGGGCCUUCCUGGGCCUGGACCGGUUCCUGCUGGGGCCGAGCGGCGGGGCUGGGGAGGCCCCGGGCAGUCCGGACACUGAGCAGGCGCUGUCCGCGCUCUCCGACCUGCCCGAGAGCCUGGCCGCCGAGCCCCGGGAGCCCCAGCAACCGCCGUCCCCCGGCGGCCUCCCGGUCUCCGAGGCGCCCAGCCUCCCGGCAGCCCAACCCGCGGCCAAAGACUCGCCCUCCUCCACGGCUUUCCCAUUUCCCGAGGCCGGGCCGGGGGAGGAAGCGGCCGGAGCCCCCGUGCGAGGGGCUGGGGACACGGAUGAGGAGGGUGAGGAGGAUGCUUUUGAGGAUGCGCCCCGGGGCUCUCCGGGGGAGGAGUGGGCCCCGGAGGUGGGAGAGGACGCCCCGCAGAGGCUGGGGGAAGAGCUGGAGGAGGAGGCGCAAGGACCUGACGCCCCCGCGGCCACUUCCCUGCCAGGCAGCCCCGCGCCCAGCCAACGCUGUUUCAAGCCCUACCCGCUCAUCACCCCCUGCUACAUCAAGACCACCACCCGGCAGCUCAGCUCGCCAAAUCACUCCCCGUCUCAGUCCCCUAAUCAGAGCCCCAGGAUCAAGAGGCGGCCGGAGCCCUCCCUGAGCCGAGGGUCCAGAACUGCCCUGGCCUCCGUAGCCGUCCCAGCCAAGAAGCACCGGGCCGACGGCGGCCUUGCGGCCGGCCUGAGCCGCUCGGCUGACUGGACGGAGGAGCUAGGCGCCCGCACGCCCCGGGCGGGAGGCUCCGCGCACCUGCUGGAGCGCGGGGUGGCCAGUGACAGCGGUGGUGGGGUGUCCCCAGCACUGGCCACCAAGGCGUCUGGGGCGCCCGCGGCUGCAGAUGGCUUCCAGAACGUGUUCACAGGGCGAACGCUGUUGGAGAAGCUGUUCAGCCAGCAGGAGAACGGGCCUCCAGAAGAAGCUGAGAAGUUUUGCUCGCGUAUCAUUGCCAUGGGUCUUCUCCUUCCUUUUAGUGAUUGCUUCAGGGAACCGUGUAAUCAGAAUGCCCAGACCAAUGCAGCUUCAUUUGAUCAAGAUCAACUUUAUACCUGGGCUGCAGUUAGUCAACCAACACACUCGUUGGACUAUUCAGAAGGGCAGUUUCCUAGGCGAGUCCCAUCCAUGGGGCCACCAUCCAAACCUCCCAAUGAGGAACACAGGCUCGAGGAUGCUGAAACAGAGGAUGAUGGAGAAUCUCAAUCUGCUGUUUCAGAAACUCCCAAAAAAUGCUUGGAUGCUGUCCAGAAGGAAGUUGUUGACAUGAAGUCUGAGGGACAGGCCACUGUAAUUCAGCAGCUGGAACAGACUAUUGAGGAUCUGAGAACCAAAAUAGCUGAACUAGAGAGGCAGUAUCCUGCCCUGGACACAGAGGUGGCCUGUGGUCGUCAAGGGCUUGAGAAUGGAGUCACAGCCUCAGGAGAUGUCUGUCUCGAAGCUCUCAGGUUGGAAGAAAAGGAAGUACGGCAUCAAAGGAUUUUAGAGGCGAAAUCGAUACAGACUUCCCCGACAGAAGAGGGCGGGGUACUGACACUGCCUCCUGUGGAUGCGCUGCCAGGGCGUCCUCCAUGCCCCCCUGGGGCUGAAAGUGGACCUCAGACAAAGUUCUGUUCAGAGAUUUCUUUGAUUGUGUCUCCAAGGCGAAUAUCAGUCCAGCUCGACAGCCAUCAGUCCACACAGAGCAUCUCACAGCCUCCACCACCUCCAUCCCUUCUGUGGUCUGCUGGUCAAGGACAGCCUGGGUCACAGCCGCCGCAUUCUUCUCUUUCUACCGAGUUUGAAACCAGCCAUGAACACUCUGUUUCCUCCGCCUUUAAAAACAGCUGUAACAUCCCAUCUCCACCACCUCUGCCUUGCAUAGAGUCCUCCAGCUCCAUGCCUGGCCUGGGCAUGGUGCCUCCCCCACCUCCCCCUCUCCCUGGCAUGACAGUGCCUACUCUGCCCAGUACAGCCAUUCCCCAACCUCCUCCUCUGCCGGGUACAGAAAUGCUGCCACCCCCUCCCCCUCCUCUUCCUGGAGCGGGCAUACCCCCUCCUCCCCCACUUCCCGGAGCGGGAAUACCCCCUCCGCCCCCUCUACCCACAGUGGGAAUACCUCCUCCGCCGCCUCUACCUGGAGUGGGGAUACCCCCUCCACCCCCACUACCCGGAGCGGGCAUACCUCCUCCGCCGCCUCUACCCGGAGCGGGCAUACCCCCUCCGCCCCCUCUACCCGGAGUGGGCAUACCCCCUCCACCCCCACUUCCCGGAGCGGGCAUACCUCCUCCGCCCCCACUACCCGGAGCGGGGAUACCCCCUCCGCCCCCUCUACCUGGAGUGGGAAUACCUCCUCCGCCCCCACUUCCCGGAGCGGGGAUACCCCCUCCGCCCCCUCUACCUGGAGCGGGAAUACCUCCUCCGCCCCCACUUCCCGGAGCGGGGAUACCCCCUCCGCCCCCUCUACCCGGAGCGGGCAUACCUCCUCCGCCCCCACUUCCCGGAGCGGGCAUACCCCCUCCGCCCCCUCUUCCCGGAGCGGGGAUACCCCCUCCGCCCCCUCUACCUGGAGUGGGAAUACCUCCUCCGCCACCUCUACCUGGUGCUGGGAUUCCCCCACCUCCUCCCUUGCCAGGUAUGGGGAUUCCACCUGCUCCAGCUCCCCCACUCCCUCCACCUGGGACAGGAAUCCCACCGCCCCCUCUGCUCCCCGCAUCAGGCCCUCCACUCCUCCCACAAGUUGGGAGUAGCACUUUACCAACCCCACAGGUGUGUGGAUUUCUUCCUCCUCCAUUGCCAAGUGGCUUGUUUGGAUUAGGAAUGAGUCAGGACAAAGGGAGUAGGAAGCAGCCUAUAGAGCCUUGUCGACCAAUGAAGCCUCUUUACUGGACCAGGAUUCAACUACAUAGUAAAAGAGACUCCAGUACUUCACUUAUUUGGGAAAAAAUUGAAGAGCCAUCCAUAGAUUGUCAUGAAUUUGAGGAAUUAUUUUCUAAAAGUGCUGUAAAGGAGAGAAAGAAACCUAUAUCUGAUACUAUCUCAAAGACGAAGGCUAAACAAGUUGUCAAGUUAUUAAGCAACAAAAGAUCACAAGCAGUUGGAAUACUAAUGUCUAGUCUUCAUUUAGAUAUGAAAGACAUACAACAUGCUGUUGUGAACUUGGAUAAUUCUGUGGUUGACCUGGAGACCCUUCAAGCUCUCUAUGAGAAUAGAGCACAGUCAGACGAACUUGAAAAAAUAGAAAAGCACGGCCGAUCUUCCAAGGACAAGGAAAAUGCCAAGUCUCUGGACAAACCUGAGCAGUUCCUUUAUGAACUGUCACUAAUCCCCAACUUUUCAGAGCGAGUCUUUUGCAUCCUGUUCCAGUCCACAUUUUCAGAAAGCAUUUGCUCAAUUCGUCGCAAACUGGAAUUACUACAGAAAUUGUGUGAGACAUUAAAAAAUGGCCCAGGGGUUAUGCAGGUUCUAGGUUUGGUUCUUGCCUUUGGCAACUACAUGAAUGGAGGAAAUAAGACUCGAGGACAGGCCGAUGGCUUUGGGUUAGACAUUCUUCCAAAACUGAAAGAUGUCAAGAGCAGUGACAAUAGCAGAAGCCUUUUGUCAUAUAUUGUUUCGUAUUAUCUCCGAAAUUUUGAUGAGGAUGCUGGAAAAGAACAGUGCCUCUUUCCCCUGCCAGAACCCCAGGACCUUUUUCAGGCCUCACAGAUGAAGUUUGAAGAUUUUCAAAAAGAUCUCAGAAAACUGAAGAAAGACUUGAAAGCCUGUGAAGUUGAAGCGGGGAAAGUAUACCAGGUCUCCUCAAAAGAGCAUAUGCAGCCUUUCAAAGAAAACAUGGAACAAUUUAUUAUUCAAGCCAAAAUUGACCAAGAGGCAGAGGAAAAUUCACUGACAGAGACUCAUAAAUGCUUUUUGGAGACCACGGCAUAUUUCUUCAUGAAACCAAAACUUGGAGAGAAGGAGGUGUCCCCAAAUGCUUUCUUCAGUAUCUGGCAUGAAUUCAGCUCUGACUUUAAAGACUUCUGGAAGAAAGAGAACAAACUUCUUCUACAAGAGAGAGUAAAAGAAGCCGAAGAGGUUUGUAGACAGAAGAAGGGAAAAUCACUUUAUAAAAUAAAACCAAGACAUGACUCUGGAAUUAAAGCAAAGAUAAGCAUGAAAACUUGAACAAGGAAAAGCAGAAUGAAAAUGAGUCAUUGCAACGACUUUCACAAAAUUCAGCUGACCUGAGGGUGGGAGGGAAACUACCGUCAUUCUGCUCAUGUUUCUUCUUCACCUCUUGCAUAAUCUUUUUGUUUUCUAGACAGUUCACUAAUUGUUGAAUUUUACUGUAUAUUCAUAUAAAAAUGCAAAAGUACUAGACCAGUGGAGAAUUUGACACCUUUUCUUUUUGUAAAAGUUUAUGGUAUUAUACCGAUAGACCAAAACAGCAUGUAUAAGAGGCAGUAUCUGCACUAAUUCUGAACAUGCUAAACAUUAACUAAAAUUCACUGUUGUGAGAAUAUUCCUCGUCACAGCAAAAACACUUUCCUUUCUACUGACAACCAGUCCUCCACAUCACAGCAUUUAGACAUAUGGGUAAAAUGUUAUUUCUAGUGAAUUGUUUGUAUCAGUUUCACGUCUAAGUAUAAAUUUUCUAUUUUAAAAUGUAAGAACCAUUUAUAGUCAGUGCUUUCCCAACUCUUGGGUUGCUCUCCAUAACUAUAUAUUUGUGAAAGAAGAUGGUCAUUUUUUUUUUACUGAAGUCAUAUAAUGACUUGAGUCAGCUCAUAAUGCAUUGUGAUGAUUUUGUAUGAGCUGGGUUUUUUUUUUUCCAUUACUUUUAAUGAUCUUCAUUGCAAGUUAUAGUUGUGGAUAAAGGGGAGAAUUUAUUGCUCUUGCAAACCAAUUAUGGAAAGCAACUUAAGAAAAACAAUGUUCUAAAUCAUAAUUGUUUGUAUUUAUGUAAAGUAUGGUCUCCUACUUUUUAGUUUGUAGUUUAAGUGCAAACAAACAGUAGUGGGUGUUUUUCUAUUGUUUUGUAGUCUUCCUGUCCCCUUCAGUCCCUCCAGUGUGUAUAUUACCAUUCUCCAAUGAAAUAAUAGGGCAUUUAACAAAGAUCGCUAUGUGCAAUACUGUAUUUAGUGUUUCUAUUUCAAUUUUUCUAGGAUGUUAAUUUAUAUGAAAAUAAAAUGAAUAAUAAAAGAAUAAAGAUA